AUGCGAGAGAUCCUUCACAUCCAGGGAGGUCAAUGUGGUAACCAGAUCGGUGCUAAGUUCUGGGAAGUGGUUUGCGCCGAGCACGGGAUCGAUUCGACGGGGAGGUAUCAAGGGGACACCGAUUUGCAACUCGAACGAGUCAAUGUGUACUACAACGAAGCGAGUUGCGGCAGGUUCGUCCCACGCGCCAUUCUGAUGGAUCUGGAGCCCGGUACGAUGGAUAGCGUCAGAUCCGGGCCGUAUGGUCAGAUCUUCCGUCCUGAUAACUUCGUCUUCGGCCAGUCCGGUGCCGGUAACAACUGGGCUAAGGGACACUACACGGAAGGUGCUGAGCUAAUCGACUCGGUUCUCGAUGUUGUUCGUAAGGAAGCUGAGAAUUGCGACUGCUUGCAAGGAUUCCAAGUUUGCCACUCAUUGGGAGGAGGGACUGGAUCAGGAAUGGGAACUUUACUGAUUUCAAAGAUCAGGGAAGAGUAUCCGGAUCGGAUGAUGCUCACAUUUUCCGUCUUCCCAUCUCCAAAAGUGUCUGACACUGUUGUUGAGCCUUACAAUGCAACUUUGUCUGUCCAUCAGCUCGUGGAGAAUGCAGAUGAGUGUAUGGUACUCGAUAACGAGGCUCUCUAUGACAUUUGCUUCAGGACUCUUAAGCUUACCACUCCUAGCUUUGGAGACUUGAACCACCUCAUCUCUGCAACUAUGAGUGGUGUAACUUGCUGCCUCCGUUUCCCUGGUCAGCUCAACUCCGACUUGAGAAAGCUUGCAGUCAACUUGAUCCCCUUCCCUCGUCUACACUUCUUCAUGGUCGGGUUCGCGCCCCUCACAUCACGUGGCUCCCAGCAAUACCGAGCCUUGACCGUUCCCGAGCUCACACAACAAAUGUGGGAUGCCAAAAACAUGAUGUGUGCAGCUGACCCGCGCCACGGCAGGUACUUGACCGCGUCAGCAAUGUUCAGAGGCAAAAUGAGCACGAAAGAAGUCGACGAACAGAUGAUCAACAUCCAGAACAAGAACUCGUCUUACUUUGUGGAAUGGAUCCCGAACAACGUGAAGUCAACCGUCUGUGACAUCCCACCUACAGGUCUGAAAAUGGCAUCAACGUUCAUCGGAAACUCGACUUCGAUCCAGGAGAUGUUCAGGCGAGUGAGUGAGCAGUUCACAGCUAUGUUCAGAAGGAAGGCUUUCUUGCAUUGGUACACUGGUGAAGGAAUGGACGAGAUGGAGUUCACGGAAGCUGAGAGUAACAUGAACGAUCUGGUCUCUGAGUAUCAGCAGUAUCAAGACGCGACGGCAGAGGAGGAAGAAGGGUAUGAGUAUGAAGACGAAGAGGAAGAACAUGUCCAAGAGGAGCAAUAA